CAGCGAGGCAGGUAGUCGUGACUGCCAUGUCAGCCACGAAAGUCUUGGCUUUGUCGUGCACCUGGAAGUACGAUCACUCCGUCGAUGAUCGACUGGAUCCAAAUGGGUUUCCCAGUCAAAUCGCGCACGCCCUGCUGGCAGUAUUCGCAAUUCUUGUCGCGGAGCAUGCUGCUGGAUUGCUAGGCAGUGCAACAGGUCUGUUGUGAUCGCUCCGCGGCCCCUCCCCUCCACACCACAACGUGCCUCCAAGUGACCGAUGCGACCUGUGUGUAUAUGUAUUUUGCAAGACGAAUAUGACUAUCAAGCCACCUAUGCCC